AUGGCAAACCGACCGAUGAACCCCUUUGCGCAGAAUUUACGCCAAAGGGCCCUGCUAACUCCAUGUUACGACGUUCGCCGAGUGCAUGGAAACUUGCCUCAAGAGCAAAAGACAGACCUGCUUGUCAGAUUUUGGCCAACUGGUGACCAUGACCGUGGUCCCGCCACAUCGGGCAUCAACUGCCUAAUCGUGCUACUUAAACGAAUCUACGGCGCCGUGCUUGAUCCAUUGUGGAACGAGGACGACGAGUCUGUGAAGCAAAUGGAAGCUGAUAACCCGUUCAUGGCCCAUGCCUGGUUGGUCCUCGGACCGAAGACGAAAGACGUUGGCGCUGCCUUGGAUAAACUCACCGUCCAAAUAUGGGGGAAGGAACUCGGGGACAUUGCAGUAGAAGACCUCCAAUUCAAGAACCUCGCAAGCCACGCCCGAAUGCAGACGACCCUUUGGUCCAUGAAGCAAUUCACUCCCAUGCUGGGGCACCUCUGGUCGCAGCAGAACACUCACCAAUGGCGUCGACUCCAGGCUGAAUCGACACCCCCUGAGGUAAAGAAUUACUUUGAAAAGUGGAAUUCGACACCGAACCCUGACUCUAUUCGCCUUGAUGCAUUCCCAGGAAUGAGCUUGGACGUUAAGGUGAACAAACUGUUUGGGGAAUUCUCCGUUGGUGACUCCACCCUCUUGGUCCGUCCAGACGCGCCGGUUUUCCUUUACGUAACAUUCACAGUAAAGGGCGUCGGAGAAGAAAAUUUGAAUUUUGAUGCUUUUCGCCGUUUCACCCUUGAAGUUGGCAAGUUUGUCGACGUGAAUGGAACCAUGCGUUGGCAGCGAACAGGACGCAUGCCCUACACCCUCAUUGCCCUCGUCAAGCACAGGAACAGUGCUGAUGACUGCGAUACAAUCCGGGUCUACGAUGAGAUGGGCAACAUGAACAUUCCAAACGCAAAGAUGCCCGCGUACGCGACACCCAGCUGGAGAAUGGCAGAUAUGCAAAACGGGGACACCUUUUUUGCAUUGUACGUCUACUCUCGCAUGCCGCCAAAGUCUGAUCCUCCAUUUCCAGAGGUCUUCAAGAGGGCGGACCUAAGAACUUAUAACGAGGAAUUUGACAAGUUCUCUGCCUUUCUCAACAAGGGGCAAAAUGUGAAGCGCGAACGAGACUAG